AUGUCAGAUUGGACUUUGAAUGUGAGGAAAAACGACUUAUGCCCAACGGCUCUUCGUGCAAUCGCAUUGGAAACUACUAAUACUCGAUAUCAUCAUACUGAGUGGCUUCAUAUCUACAAUGAUGGUUCCCUUUCAGAUUUCUCCCAGGGCGCUGGUGCUGGCAUCUUCUGUGAUCUGUUUCCCUUUUACGUACAUGUUGGCUCUCAUACGACACAUUUUGAUGGUGAAGUCAAGGCCAUCCAUUUAGCUCUUCAACAGCUUUCUGCCUGUUUCUCUCUUGUUGAUAAGGCUGCAAUUUUAUUGGACUUAAGUUCUGCUCUUCAGGCCUUAGCGAAUAACUUAUAA